AUGGACGCCAAUGUUGACUUAAUCCCUUGUACAUCAGAAACAACUGCAUCGUUGAUUAUAAAUUUGUUUUCAAAUGAAAUUAAUAAACAAGAUGUUAAUGGACUACUUCAUGCUCAAAAUUUAUUACUUGAACAAUUGGAUAAAACAAAUGAAAAAUUAGAUGGAAUUAAUAAAUUAUCAGCUGAACGUUAUUUAGAUGCAACAAAAGAAUUUACAAAUCAUACACACAUGUUAACAACUAUGAAAAGAGAUUUAGAUUUAAUUUUUAAACGAAUUCAAUUACUUAAAAUGCGAUUGAAUAAAAAGUAUCCAGAGUCUUAUGCGUCUGGUAAUAUAAAAUACAUUAUUCUUGCAAAAGAAAAAUAUUAUUAUUUUUCAGUCACUGAAAUAAAUACAAAACAAGAUGGUUCUCUUGAUGACGAAGAAGAUGAUGGUUUAGCAUCAGCAAUAAAACCUAUUAAUAACUCAUCACUUGUCAAAUCCAAGACAGUUGAUUGUUCUCAAUUAUCAGCAUCAAUACGUGAAACGUAUAUUUCAUCUCAAAUAAAUGAUAAUACUGCCGAACAAUCAUCAAGUUCGUUAGAUGCUGUACGACGAUUUGUAUUUAAUAAAUCAUCAGGUGGACAAGAUCUGACAACAUUGUUUAAAAAUGCUCGUAACGAAUUACGAAAAAUUAAUGAAAGUCUUCUUGGUAGCAAUAAUCAAAAACAAUCAACAUCUCAUGAAGAAUGA